UUAAUAUNAUGUUUCGCGAGAUUCCAUAUGUGACAAAUACCCACGACACACAGACACACAGACACACGCAAACCAUCGUUAUAUAUGUAUCGCAUGUACAUUAAGACUCGAAUGAUGAUGUUAUAAUUCAUUUAUAUAUUACUAUUAUUAUGAUUUAUAAUUACUAUUGUCGCCUUAAGCUACCACCUGUACAUUGUUGUUUUGCGUUUGUAACGAUCCAAAAAAAAAAAAAACAUUAAUUCAUUAUUCUUUUCUUCUUUGUUUUGCGAAAAUAUUUUAGACUUAGCCAUUAAUUAAGUUGUACAUAUUAUACACACACAUACACGCGGAUAUUGUCUUAGACAGGAAGAAAAUAAGGAGAUGUUAAUCGUAUUACUUUAUAAUUAUUAUUAUACUUUAUUAAAAAAAUUGUGAAUAAAUAUGAUUUUUGAUAAGUAUAUCGAUAUAAAAAAGAAAAGCAACGAGUUGAAUCAAUUGAUCUUAUAACCUUCUCACUAUACCCGAUACACGUCGAUUCAUUUUUGUUCGAGUAUUAUUUAUCAUUACUUUAUCCGGAAAUUCAAGAGUCAAAAUUAUCCAAUAAAAAAUCGUCGUAGUCGUCGUCAUGUACAGCGGCCGGGUUCUCGUGGGCUUCUGGUUCAACAAGCUGCAGCUCGAAUCGGAGCAGCGCGAGCUCGAGAAGAAGCGCUUGGAGUCGGGCCAGCUGCCGGAGCAGAUCAGGCGGCGUCUCGUGGCGGCCUUCGGUCGUGCUCUGCGUUUCACGGAGUCGCCCGCGAGCCACUGCGACCGGCCGAUCCGCUACGGGGACGGCCUGCAGCUGCACAGUCCCGAGUCGCCCGACGUCUCGGACUCGCUCGCCGCGGAUUUCGGCUGCCCGGAGGAGGACCCCCAGGCUCGGGGACCGUCACGCCUCGGCCUCGUCGUCUCGGCCACCGUGUCCCAGUCCGACUGCGACUCGGGCCAAGUGCGCGGCAUCCGAGACGGUUGCGGCGUGGCCUGUGCGCCGAUCGGCGGCCAGCCCUGCAGCGUCAACAACAGCUUCGUCUGCGUCAAGGCCAACCGCAAGGACUCGAGGGACGAGGAGCUGCUGACCUACGGCACCGAGGUGUUCUUCGCUCUGGCCUGGGUGGUGGGUGCAGCGGGUAAGGCUCCGCUGUACCUGAGGAUGGAGACGCCGCUGCUCGACGGCCAGUACGUGGCCAACGAUCACUAUCCGUUGAGGCUGAGCUCGAGCCCCGACGGCUACGCCAAGUGGCGCGUCCUGCACUGGGACAGGUCGCGCAGAUUCGAGACCGAGGCCUCGCCCGUGCUGCCCUGCGUCAGAAUCGUCGUUCAGCACGUGAUGACGGGCCAGUGUCUGGCCUGCGAGCGAUACCACUGGCAUCGGAGUCUGCUCGGCUACGAGGCCGGCCUCUCGGUGCACACGUACAGCGACGCGCAGCGCAACGAGACAGCCGAGUGCGUCUGGAAUCUGCUGCCGCUCGGGCCCAGCCAAAAUCUCGAGCUCGAAGGUGACGACGAUAACAACGAUGGUAACGAGUCGACGAGCUGCUGCUGCGGUUGCGAAAAUCGAUGAUUAGGGUAGUAGCGGAGUUAUUCGUGCUAUUUGGACAGAAAAAAAUGAAUGAAUGAACGAG